CCGUUGGGGUAACACUUGUUUUGUCUGCUUCGCUGGCAGUUAGAUAGAAAUUCAUCUUUCCUCAUUUUUGGUGCAUUUUAACACGACUUUAUGGCUCUUUACUAUGCAACAAGAAAUAUCAAAGCCGUAGGAAUGCCUUUGUCAUCAUUAUGGAAGACAAAAUCGUUCAGUUAUUCUUCAUUCAACGCCGACCUACAACUCAAGCUGAAAUCAGACGCCCAGACAAUCUUUCGGGCUUCACUGAGUGCUGUUUCUCCACAGGAAAUGGUCAAAAAUAACCUUUUGUUCCAUCAAAAUAUCCUGUCUAUCAAGGAAAGAGAAUAUGCCGUCAAUAAAAAUGUUUUUGUGGUUGCUUUUGGGAAAGCUGUGUUAGGAAUGACCAAGGCAGUUGAUGAUAUUCUCGGAGACCAGAUUGUCCGGGGUGUGGCUAGUAUUCCUGUGGGACUACCAGAUGUCAUAAAGAGUUCUGGAAACAAAGAAUUGAUUGAAAAGUCAAUUCUUCGUGAGGACAGCCCCAUUGUAACCCUAGAAGGAGCGAAGAAUAACCUUCCUGAUGAAAAGGCUCUUCAAGCAGCUAGCAAGAUAAAGGAGGUUGUCGAGAGUGUAGGCGAGAAAGACAUUCUCCUUGUGCUUAUUUCAGGUGGUGGCUCUGCUCUACUCCCAUUUCCAGUCCCUGGAAUCACACUUGAAGAAAAGCUUAAAACAAUCAAAGCAUUAGCUUCCAGUGGAGCCACCAUUCAUGAGCUAAACACCAUUAGAAAGAACCUUUCUGAUCUCAAAGGUGGAAAGCUUGCAAAGGCAGCAUUUCCUGCUAAGGUGGUUACACUCAUUCUCUCAGAUGUAAUUGGUGACCCUCUUGACAUCAUAGCCUCUGGUCCAACAGUUCCUGAUCCAUCAACACCAGCUGACUGUCUUGAAAUAUUAAAAAAUCUCAAUGCAGAGAAAAAGAUCCCUGAUGCCGUCAUUCAGUAUCUAAAACAGGCAGAAAGGAAAGCAGAAAAUCAGGACAAUGUUAAACUAGACGAGUUUCCACAUGUUCAAAAUGUCAUUGUGGGAAGCAAUCGCUUUGCAGUUGAUGCGGCAGUGAAAAGAGCUAAGGAUCUGGGCUAUGCACCCAUUGUUCUUUCAACGACAUUAAGUGGUGAAGCCAGAGAAGUUGGCAAAAUGUUCUCUGAUGUUGGUCAUCUUGCUUGGAAUGGAUGCUUGUCAAAAACAUCACCUUCUAGUGACAGUGUACUAACUAGCAGCAUUGUAAAUGAGAUAUUGAGUGCACGCAAAGAGAAAAAGCCAGUUUGUGUUAUUGGAGCAGGAGAAACUACUGUCACCCUCAAAGGGAAAGGUACUGGGGGACGCAACCAAGAAAUGGCGCUUGCAUUAGCUAUUGAUGUCAAUCAAAACAUAGAACGAUAUUCCACAGAGGAAAAUCAAGGUGGUCUUGUCCUGUUAAGUGCAGGUACUGACGGACAAGAUGGCCCCACUCCAGCUGCUGGUGCAAUUGCAGAUGCAUACCAAGUGACUGAAGCUAUAAAGGAAGGACUUAAUCCUGAAGAAUUCCUGGAAAAUAAUGAUUCUUAUUCAUUUUAUUCAAAAUUUAAAAAUGGAAGGGACCACGUCAUGACUGGACUGACAGGAACCAAUGUUAUGGACAUUCAGGUUUUACUUGUAUCUCCUCCUUCAUAACUUCAUAAAAUUUAUUAAUUAAUACAAAAUUUCCUGUAGGGUCAUAUGAAAAUCAUAAAAUAACAGGUUGAAGAAAAUGUAGAUCUUUUAAAUACAUUAAGGUUUUCAAAAUUUAGGUAUACAUUCAAAAAAUAAAGAAAGCAAUAUUUUUAGAAGACUAAAAAGUGAAAUCAUACAGAAGACUGUCUUGUAAAAUAAAAUAAAAUUUGAGUGCUCUCUUUUGGUUUAGCAUUAGAACCAAUUUAUUUAUAUUAUUUCACAAUUCAGUAAGAAACCUUGUAGCACCACUGUAAUGAAUUCAAGAGGUCAAAAUUGAGUUUUCUGGGGCGCUAAUACUGGUGAGAAGUCUAUACGUUUUGGGACUACUAUCCCUUCAUCAGUGGACUUUCACGAGUAUCAGUGCUCCCAGUGUGAGUUACAAGGACAGAAUAUAGCAGGCCAAAAAUCCAAGUAAUCACAUGCGUAGAGCAGUGCGUAGUGUUAAAACGAACUCGACAAGAACUUCUGACUACGCUGUAAACAGAGUUUAAUUGACAGAGAUCAAUGUUCCAUA